CGGCAAAUAAAGAUGGAAAAUUUAGUGACAGUUCCCACUGAAUACGGUCCAAUUAAUGGAUGUAAGAAAACAUCAAUUUUAGGUAGAGAAUACUAUAAUUUUGAAAAAAUUCCGUAUAUGAAGGCACCGAUCGGGAAAUUAAGAUUUGUUGAUCCUCAGCCACCUGAAAAUUGGAUUGAGCCAUUAGAUUGCACUAAAGAUGGUCCACCAUUUUGUAAUGUCUUCUUUGCUGAUCAAAAAUAUCAAGGAGAACUAAGUGGUGUUCAUAUUAAUGUAUUUACAAACAAUAUUGAUCCAAAAGUUCCAUAUCCAGUUCUUGUAUGGAUUCAUGGAGGUGGUGUUGUAACCGGUAAUGCAUCUGAAGAAUUUAAUGGUCCUGAUUAUUUGAUGCAGAAGGAUGUGGUUGUUGUAACAUUUCAAUAUAGAAUUGGUGUCUUUGGAUUUUUGAGUCUUGAAGAUCCAGAACUGAAUAUUCCGGGAAACGCCCAAUUUAGAGAUCAUAUUUGUGCAUUAAAGUGGAUCCAAAAGAAUAUUUCUAAUUUCGGUGGAGAUCCUAAUAAUGUCACACUGUUUGGAGAAAGUUGGGGAGGUGGAAGUACCAGCUAUCAUCUAAUUUCUGACCAAUCUAAAGGUCUUUUUCACAAAGCAAUAUUAAUGUCUGGAACAGCAUUAAAUAAUAUUUAUACUUUCUUUCCAAGACGUAACUGGGCAUUAAGACUAUGUCAGAAGAUGGGAUAUGAAGGUCCAGACGAUGAGAAAAGUCUAUUGGAAUUUCUGGAGACUGCUGAUGAAAGAGAAAUUGUUAUGGUAUCAGGACAAGUUAUGACUGAUGAGGAGAAGAACUUUGAUGGAUAUAUAUGUGCAUUUGGUCCAACAAUCGAGCCAUACAAUAAUGGAAAUGCAUUUCUCACUGAUGACAUAAUCAAAAUGUCAAAAACUGCAUGGGGAAAUGAUAUUGACAUAAUGAUUGGAAAUACAAGCAAUGAAAUGUUGAUGCUUAGUCUUUGUGCAAAUAUGCCUGCAUUUUUUGACACAUAUAAAUGUUUUCAGCGCUAUGUUCCAAGAGAAUUCGAAUUGCCUGUCAAUUCUGAAAAGAGAUUAAAGUAUGCAGACUUGAUUCAGAAAAAUUAUUAUGGUGAGGAAGAAGUGUCAGUUGAUAACGUAAAUGGAUUAAUGGGUGUCAAUAAUGAUUCCAUCUUAUGGCAUCCUACAUAUCGCAUUCUCAUGUCUAGAUUGGCAAAUGGAAGAGGAAAGUCUUUUGCUUAUCGCUUUGAUUACGUUACUAAUAACAACUUAAUGCGAGCUAAGUACAACAUUGAUGAAAAGUUACCAGAAGCAGCACAUGGAGAUGACUGCGCAUACCUAUUUAGAAUGAAAGGAAUGGAAUAUGAAAACUUUUCAUUGCCUAUUAAUUCUCCAGCAUUCGAUGGAAUCAAGUUGAUGGCAUCAAUUGUCACUAAUUUUGCUAAACUAGGAAAUCCAAAUGUUCCUGAAUUGAAAGAUGUCAAUUGGAUACCAUGCAGCAUAGAAUCACCACUUUACGGACUUAAUAUCAACGAAAAUGGAAGUAAAAUGAUGGAAUUCCCUGAAUAUGAGAGAUUUAAAGUUUUCAAUCAAUUAUUCGAGGAUGAAAAUAAAAUUUUAUAUUAAUGUACAGCACAGUGCAUAGACAAAAGGGGCAGUUUUCUACAUGAAUUUUCCAUAUAACAUUUUAUUCUCUUCAUCUACAAGAACAAACUUCUUUUGUCCAUUUAAAAAUUUAUAAUUCACAUCAGUCAAUAUAAAAAAAAAUUAUAAUAAAUAUAAAUCGAUGCAUUUGUAUCCAUA